AAUGAACAAUUUUUAUAUUAUUAAUUUAUCCGAAAAGAGUAAAUAGGUAUCCAAAAGAUAUCUUACUUUUAAUUUAAUAAUCGAACUUAAUAUGCAUGGUUGAAGUGCGUUUUUGUGGUAUUUUUAAUUUAUUAAUUUUCGCAGGUUUGUUUAUUUUCAAAAUGGUUUUCGGCAAUAGUAUAUUUUUCCAGAUACUGCUGUAUACAGGAUUGACGUUUGGGACUUUUGAAAUAUAUUUGAAUGACUUGGGCUGUAAAACAAUUGGAAUACAAUGCAUAAAUGAGACUUCCUUUACAACUUGUACAACUAUUGGGCAUAAUAUGCUGAUAAUUACCAAUAUUGUACUCCAUUGUCCAAAUGGUUAUAUUUGUAAUAUCGCUACGAACUAUCCAUGUAUAAAAGAAACCACUACAACAUCCACGACAACAGAAUCUACAAUCACUACAACUUCAAAAGCCAAGACAACUACAGAAAACACUACAACAACAGAGGCCACCACAACUACAAAAGCCACGACAACUUCAGAGGCCACGACAACUUCAGAAGCCACGAUAACUACAGACGUCACAAUAACAGCAGAAGCCAUAACAACAAAACCCACCACAAAAGCAGUGCCAAGGCCAACUGAAGCUCCAAAAUGUACUGCCGCGGGACUCUGGCCAGCACCAGCUUGUAACCAGUACUACGAAUGUGUUGACACCUCUUGGCUUUUUUGGACAUCUUAUGAACCUAAACUUAUGACUUGUACUGCUGGUGAUUACUAUGAUACAAAGUCGAAGAGUUGUAUAGAAGCAGCAUUAAGCGACUGUGUAGAUUAUAAAAAACUAAGAAUGCAAUUUCAGGAUACCUUAAAUGAUAUUUAGUUGUUAAUUUUAUAAAAAUUAUCGUUAAAGCUUGUUAAUCAAUACUGGCAAACUUUAGAUAUUCUCUUAGUAAAAUACCCAAACUAAUUUAUUUAUUUUUAUUAUUAUUAACAUGUCAGACAAACGAAUUUGAAAAAUAUGAACAGAACCAUUUAAAUAAAUUUUAAAAACAG